CUAUACAUUAAAACACAACUUUUUUUUUUCCAUCUCCAUCUUAAAAAUGGCUCCAUUGCUGAAGCUCAUAGAUUCUUCUCUUAGAAUUUGUGUCAUCCCUCUCAGUGUUGCAACUAUUUGGCUGACUGUCACUAAUCAUCAAGAUAACAGCAGCUAUGGAAAUCUUAAGUACUCUAAUCUUUUAGGACUCAGGUACAUGAUUUGCACAAGUGCCCUUUGUGGUGCUUAUGCUUUUGUUGCUGCUGCUUCUACUUGGAUUAAAUGCUUGGUUAAUAAAGUUUGGGUCUUCUUUUUCUCUGAUCAGAUUAUAACAUAUUUGAUGGUAACAUCUGUGGCUGCUGUGUACGAGAUAAUAUACUUAGCUUAUAAUGGAGAUCAGAGAGUGACGUGGAGUGAAGCUUGCAGUUCAUAUGGAAAAUUUUGCGAGAGAAUGAAGAUUGCAUUGGUUUUGCAUGCCUUGUCUCUUUGUUUCUUUGCAAUUUUAGCCAUUAUUUCUGCUUAUAGAGCUUUUACCGUAUUUCAGCCUCCUUUUUCUUCUAAACAAGGACACGUGUCCACUUAAAUUCUCACUUUUUGUGCUUUAGUAUUAUUGUAAUACACACUUCUUUAUGUAAACACACAGUUUUUGUAAUAUUAUGUGGAGUGAAGCUUGCAGUUCA